CAACAGUCUCCUCAGCAACCUCAGUUCCAGCAAGUACCUCCGAAUUACUACCAAUUUCCACCUCAAGGUUACUACCUACCACAAGGCUUCCCGAACUACCCUCCUCAGCCUAUGCCUUACUGCCCCAACCCUUGGAUGUUCCAGCAAGCUCCACCCCAACAAUUCCAAUUCCAAUACAAAUCGAAGAGAGACCAAGAGUUCGAAGAAGGUCUGAACCGCUUACGCAAAGAUUAUGCUACAGCUCCAAUUGAGAGAAAGUUGUUGGAAAAUAAGUCCUGGGAAGAGUAUUAUAAGGCAUUUUGUGAAGAAUAUAGCAACCGCCGGAAUUCAGACGGUUGCUUUUUAUACAAAAUUCAUGCGGGAAAUUCUUGA